AUGUCGACUUCAGCCCGCCGCCGUUUGAUGCGCGACUUUAAGGUGCGAGCACNGCAUGCAAACCGACCCUCCCGCUGGUGUCUCGGCCUCGCCCAUAGCCGACAAUGUCAUGACAUGGNNAACGCAGUCAUCAUCGGACCCUCAGACACACCCUUCGAAGACGGCACAUUCAGACUGGUCAUGCACUUCGAGGAGCAGUACCCCAACAAGCCUCCGGGCGUCAAGUUCAUCAGCACCAUGUUCCAUCCCAACGUCUACGCCACAGGCGAACUGUGUUUAGACAUCCUGCAGAACCGCUGGAGCCCUACAUACGAUGUCGCCGCCAUCCUGACCAGCAUUCAAAGGUGUGUGACUAAGGUCGACACUCUCCAAGGCCAGGCUAACAUGACGGGACNNAGUCUUCUCAACGACCCCAACACUAGCUCGCCCGCCAACGUCGAGGCAUCAAAUCUGUACAAGGACAGCCGCAAGGAGUACUACAAGCGCGUGCGCGAGACGGUCGAGAAGAGUUGGGAAGACUGA